AUGAUACCUGGAAAAUUUUUGAAAAUCGAUGUACUACGCUUGGCUCUUCUAUACAAAAAGCCAGCCAAAAGCGGACUCUCAACCAAGCUAAAGAGCCAAAUGUUGGGUUUCCCAAAACAACUGCGGACGUGCCAUGUGCCCAGAGUUAUUCUGGGACAGGCAACUUGUCGCUUGGCCGUUAGAUCAUUUGGCUACACCCCCAGGGUAGCUUUACAGAAAACAACGUUCAAAGCACAACAGGCCCAAGAGUCCGUGGAAACAGCCGCCAACAACGGAGAAAUCCCAGACAAAGAAUUGGAUUCGUGGCUGGAGGCCAUCGAAUCGCUCAGAUCUGAGUUCACCGAGCAGCAGUUCUUGCCUGAGACGUCGCUGGCGGGACCCGGACAAACGAAAAUCAAUCUUUUGGAAGAAGCACUAAGUGCGAAAAAAACUUUUGAGCCCUCCGAAGAACAAGUGGCCGAGUGGGAUAGCCUUAAGAAGGUCCCACUUCCCAAACGCAAAGACGAAACAGUUCAACAUGUGGUCAACAUGAUCAUGCGUCAUGGCAAGAAACAGCGUGCUGAAAAGACGCUUUCCAGAGCGCUUUAUCUGGUAUACUGUUCGACACGCCAGGAUCCCGUCCAUCUUCUCAAAAAGGCCAUGGACGACCUUGCGCCGCUGAUGGUCGUCAAGACUUUCAAGACUGGGGUUGCCAAAGCGGCCGUGAUUCCUGUACCGCUCAACAGCAGACAGAGAAACAGAAUCGCGUGGAAAUGGAUUUCCGAAGGCGCGAACAAGCGGGCGUCCAGCGAGCUGGCCGUCAGGCUCGGGGAAGAACUGAUAUCCGUGUACAAGGGCAACAGUUCCGGUUUCGACAAGCGUGACCAAAUGCAUAAGACCGCCAUCGCACACAGAGCAUACAUCAGGCUGAAAUAA